AUGGGGCGUCCUUUACGCAUAUGUCGAGGCGCACGCCAGCUCCCUCACUGCCGACGCAUUGACAGAGAAGAAGAUCGGCGACUGGUUAGCGAGAACUUACCCCCGCCCUUGGGCGGGGACCGCAUCGUUCGCCUAGGCCGCACCCACUCGGCCACUGUCGAGGCGAUAUUGCUCCUCCUCGACCAGAAGGGACAAUAUCACCACGACAUUUGGCCCCACGGCCUCCUGCCUAACCCCCCCAUUCGCUCCUCCGACGUGCUCGCGAUUGCUGAGGCGUUCAAGGAGUUCUCUGCCUCACGAGCCGCAUGGGGCAUCCUCUACGCCUAUGUCGAGGCGUAUGCUAGUUCCCUCACGUCCGAUGCAGUGGAAGCGAAGAAAAUAGGGGAUUGGUUCAGGUUCAUUCGCAAGAUCCCCAGCGACAAGACUCUGGCUUUGAUUGUGAGACAGUUCGGCGCCCUGUGGGUAAUCCGCAAGAUCUGA